GCGCGGCUGGCGCCGGUGGCCGGCAUGGCGGACUCGCCGUGGCCGCUCAAGCGCGGUCCUCUCCGCUCCACGUGGCUGCGUGCCCGCAAAACCCGGACACAGCUCGUUCUUAGCCGCCGGCCCCGCCGCCGGCUCGGGACCCUGCGCUGGUGCGGCCGGAGGCGCCUGCGGCGGCGGCUGCUGCAAGCCCAGGCAGCCGGCGCGGACUGGCGGGAGAGCGGCUGCCCGGUGCCGCGCGCGGCGACCCGGAGGCCCAAGACCGCGGCCCCGAGCGCGGCUCCGGCCGCCGCCCCCGCCCCGAGCGGCCCCGCGAGCCUCCCCAUCCCGCCGGUGCGGCCGGCCGGCCCGGGCCGCGCGUGGGUGCUGCUGCCGCUCGAGCAGGGUUUUACUUUUAGUGGGAUCUGUCGUGUGACUUGCCUCUAUGGCCAAGUGCAGGUGUUUGGUUUUGCCAUCGGCCAAGGCCAGCCUCCCCAAGAUGUCUUUUCUACCUACACCCACUCUCGAUUGACUAUCAAUGCAGUUCAUUAUUCCAUGCCUGAGAAAAGCAAGAAGGAGAUGAAAAGGGAAGCCCGAGCUUUGCUCAGAUCUCAUCUUAAUCGGGAUGACAGAUGUUGGUUGAUGAAGAAUUUUUCUCCUCUAUGUUCCAUUGUGAUGCUAGAACAACUGAAAACCUCCACUGUGAACUUCUUAGUCAGCCAUCCAGGUUUAUCUUACGUUUUCGUACAAGAGAGUCCAACCUUCCAGAUUAACUCUGAACAUAUAGCCCUGAGGUCUGUUGGCAUUAGAAGAGAGAAGAAGAAAAACGGCCUUCGUUUGACAGAGAGUGCCUUGUCGGCCAUGGAGGAGUUGGUCACCGUGUCCUGCGAAGAAGUAGACGGCUGCCCUGUCAUUCUUGUUUGUGGCUCUCAGGACGUCGGAAAGUCAACAUUUAAUAGGUACCUCAUUAACCAGUUGUUAAAUAGUAUUUCCUGCGUUGACUAUUUGGAAUGUGAUCUGGGACAGACAGAAUUUACGCCUCCAGGUUGCAUUUCUUUACUUAAUAUUACAGAGCCAGUUCUAGGACCACCUUUCACCCACCAGAGGACACCACAGAAAAUGGUAUAUUAUGGGAAACCUUCUUGUAAAAACAACUAUGAAAAUUAUAUUGAGAUAAUAAAGUAUGUGUUCAGCUCCUACAAGAAAGAGUCCCCUCUCAUCGUCAACACAAUGGGCUGGGUGUCAGACAAAGGGCUUUUGCUUCUCAUCGAUCUCAUCCGGUUGCUGUCUCCCAGCCACGUCGUGCAGUUCAGUUCUGGCCGGAGUAAAUACAUGCCGAACCUGACCCCUGACUAUGUGGACGAUAUGGACGGCCUGUACACCAAGAGCAAGUCCAGAGUCAGAGACAGAGGUUUCCAACUGGCAGAGUUUACAGAGAGUUUGGAAUUUGCUGACGAAGAAAAGGAGAGUCCAGUUGUGUUCACUGGACAUAAGCUGAUAUGCGUCCAGUCGGACUUUGCGUUUAGGAAAACUCCGAGAAACAGAGAGUCGCAUAACAAAGUGCUUCGAGAUUUGGCGGUACUAGGUUACCUCGGCCAGCUGCAGCCUCCAGUGCCGAAACCGCUUUGUCCUUUACACGGUCUCACACCCUAUCAGGUCCCUUUCAAUGCGGUUGCACUCCGGAUUAUUCAUGCUGAUGUCGCUCCUACCCAUAUAUUAUACGCUGUGAAUGCCAGCUGGGUUGGUCUUUGCAAGAUCCUGGAUGAUGUCAGAGGAUACGCAAAUGGUCCCAUCCUACUCGCCCAGACUCCAAUCUGUGAUUGUUUGGGGUUUGGAAUUUGUAGAGGGAUCGACAUGGAGAAGAGGCUUUACCACAUCCUCACUCCUGUGCCCCCGGAGGAGCUAAGAAAUGUGAAUUGUCUGCUGGUCGGAGCCAUUUCCAUUCCACAGUGUGUCUUCAAGAGCCAACAUGGGCUCGAAGGGACAAUACCUUACAUCACCACAGAUUAUAACUUUAAACUUCCUGGAGCAUCAGAGAAAAUUGGAGCAAGAGAAACCGAGGAGACACGUGAAGAGAAAGUACACCCCAAACCCAAACUCUAUCGAAAGAUAAACUGAUGCUGACGUCAUAGUAAGGGAAGGAGCUUUUACCGGAAAACUGGACUCCGUCUCCAGCCUGAAGUCAGACUGAUGGCGAUGGCAGGGAAUGGUGCACUUACGUUGCAAACAGUGUUUCUUGUGUAACUCGUGGAUCUAGAGUCAGUUUAACUCUUUUGAAAGCUCCAUGACAUAGAGUUUUGCCCUAGUGUUCUGUAUGCUUCUUCAUACUUACUGUUUUAUUUUCUUUUUUUUUUUUUUUUUUUUUUUUUUUAGAUUUUAUUUAUUUAUUUGAGAGAGAGAGAAUGAGAGAGAGCACACGAGAGGGGGGAGGGUCAGAGGGAGAAGCAGACCCCCCGCUGAGCAGGGAGCCCGAUGCGGGACUCGAUCCCGGGACUCCAGGAUCAUGACCUGAGCCGAAGGCAGUCGCUUAACCAACUGAGCCACCCAGGCGCCCCUUACUGUUUUAUUUUCUAAAGGGUUAAAGCUUCAGGGAGAAGUUUGUACACCAUUAAAACAGAGAGAACACUGUUGAUUCCUCACCAAGCUCUUCAAAGACCUGGUUGUUGGAAUCUGAAUAAAAAUAGGGAAACUGGGGCCACAAAAAUCUACCAAAGAGGAAGGAGGGCUGGCCAGCGGGCUCGCGAGCAUAACAGGAUAUGGGGGCUCCCCUGGUCCUCGCCCAUCGAUGACAGACAGGCAGGAGGUCCCAGCAGCAGGGUCUGCCUGUGGUCGGUCACUGCCGGGGGUCAUGCUCAUCCCUUGCUUAUCUGAUGCCGUCCACACACACUUUCAUUCCCAUGGUCCAGUGUUCAAAGAUCACGUUCGGUCUAUUCAGUGUAAUCAAGGUUUCAUAGAUAAAACGUUUGGAUUCAAGAGCCAUUCGUUUUUUGGGUUUUUUUUCAUCUGAUGACUUUAUGCUGAAAGAAUUGCUCUCAAAUCCAGGAAACCUUUCCUGUGGUCUCUUUAGAAUGAGCUCUGUCCUAAUUGACUUCUCACCUGAGACCAAGGACACGCUGUGGGCAGCACUGGACACCAGGCUGUUUGGAAGAAGGACCAGCAGAGCAACGCCUGGAAAGCCCCAUCUUGCCUUUUAUGGCUGGACCAGAACUUGUACCUGCAGAUGAGUCUGCCAUUUAGCGCUUUCUCCAAGGGGGGACAGGAGGCCAGUGAUGAUGCUGUUCUUCCGGAUGGCUUUGGGGGAAAUGAUGGAAACCCAUUGUUUGUCUUCUUCCUGGUUGUCACAAUUCUUGAUCCUCCAGGGUCAGAAGUGAUUUUGGUAACCAAGGAUAUCAGGUGGGGUCACGUCAUUUGUGCGUUUAAAUCUGUGAGAGUCUUACUGAGGUAGCAUUUCAAACUCGUGGAUUCAGCUUCCUACAGAUUAUGUGGAAGGCUGGUUAUUCGGAUGUGGGUUUUAACGUCUCUGUUCAUUUAAACUGUCGGUUUUUGUCCUGAUUCUUCUGGUGGCCCCUUGGCAUCUCAGACCCACGCUUACACGUCCUCCCUGGAACUCUGCCACCCCCCAGGGUUGGUUUUGAUUCCCUAGAGACUGUUCAAGGUCUAACUUCGUUGUGUCUUAUUUAUAUCUAAAUUUACCUUGUGCAUGUUUUCUGUCUUGGUCUUGCCAAGAAUUUUGACAAUCUGCCGUCAUCAGCGAUACUCAGUCUAGGUCCCGGGCGGCAGGUCUCAGGAGGAAUGAAAGCAGUGCCCCAGCAUUCCGUUCCAUGCAGGCUUGCCUUGGGCCUGCUGUCCUGCUCUCUUGAGGGCCAUGCAUGUGGAGGAGGCAGGCAUUGCCACUAGAGGGAGCUGCCAGCUGCUGGUCUGGAGGGCGGGGGGGGCAGGCGUGCCUGGGAGCCUGCCUGGGAUUUCCUGAGGGCUCAGGCAUCCUGGAGACUUGGCUCUGUGGCCGGCUCAGGGGCCCUGGUCAGACUCGCAGCCAUGCCAUCCACCCUGGAUGUCUGUCCCUGUGAUUGUCGACAUCAGCAGCUGGGGCUUUUUGUCAUUCCUAUCAUCCUUUGGUUCAGAAUAUGGUGGUAAGUUCUACACUUGAGUUAUUCUUAACAAAAACUCAAUCUCAUGUGUGUGUGUGUGUGUGUGUGUGUGGUGUGUGUGUGUGUGAUUUCCAAAGUAGCCCAUGCUUAUUUUAAGAAAAAGAAAUAACAUGACUUAGAACUUGAAAGCCUAGUUGCUGAUUUUGUGGUUCUUUAAAGCCAGUUCUUUAGAAGAGAUUCCUUUAUAGGAAAGAUAGAUGUGAAAAUAAAUGACAAGAUUCUUGGAUUCUGGGGUUUUAGUUUGUAAACAAAGGUCAGUUCCCAGCUGUCCUCUGUUGGGCCUGGGGGCAGGAAGUGGCAGACCCUCGAAAGCAUGGCCUGGAAACGAGAAAGGGGAGAAGGGUGGUUGAGCGGGCCCUUCAGGUGCCGUCACUGUCUGAGAAGUCGGUCUGGGAGAGGCCUGGGCCGGGACCCCUGGGACGGGUGGCUGCCUCCAUGCCACACCUGGGAUUUCUGCCCCGUGGGGGUUGAGUGCCUUGAGAUGCAGGCCCAGGUUCCUUUCCUUGUGCCAGAGAGUGGUGUUUUUUUGUUUUAAUUGUCUAAUUGGUAGUUUAUCCCUCAGGUUUGGAUGUGGCAAUAAUAGUGAUUAAGGCAGUAGGCUUUGAUAUUAGAGCUCUGAGUUGGAAUCCUGAGGGGCCCUGGCCAGCCAUGUGACUUUGCGGGAGACACUCAACCUCAGCCUGUUGGCGUCUUCAAGAUGGGCUGGUGGCUGUUCCUCAGGGUGCCUGGUGGGGGGUACACGAGGCUUGUCUGUACGUGGCGGGCAGUACCCUGAGAAGGCAGGGACCAAGAUUGUAUUCCUCACAGUCACAUUGGGAUGAAGAAGAAGCUAAACGUUUAAAUCCACAGCCGUCCUUCCCAUCCUGUCUCUGGGCACGGUUCCCUUCAGGCAUUUUCCAGCCCCGUGUGCUCUUGUCAGAGCUCGGGGGGGUUGGUUCCGGGUCUGCCGUUAGUCCCCGUUCCUGGCCGUUCUUCAGAAACCCCCGUGUAACUGCUUUUAAAGUUGUACGAACAGUUCGCACGUGUAGAAAGUGACUUUCAGUCGCCACCACGUAGGUAAUCACUGUUCUUGACGUGACACGGUUUUGUCUGGUGUUGCUCUGAGUGGUGUGUGUGUGUGCGCGCGCUAUAAAAUCGGUGUCCUGUCGCACGUGUGGUUUUUUAAUCCUGCUCUUUUCACUUAACUCGCGAACUUCUAUAUCAUUAAAUAUUUUUGAGAA